CCGGGGUCCAGGGGAGGACCCAGAUGCUCACUUUGCCUCGGAGCUUAUUACCAUCCUUGUUUGCUUUGACAUUCAGAGAUGCUGCACGUCUCUCUUUGUGCUGUUUGCAAAAAACUGAGCUGGCUGAACAGCAGAGACUGACUAUAUUUCUGAUGGUGUUUGGUCUGCAGGCAUUUGUUCCCCAGCGCUGCUGUGUGUCUGGCCGGGCUGCAUAGAGCGGGUUGUUUCUCCGGGUUGUGCAGACUGGUUGCGGGAUGUCGUAGCCGCUGGUAGUGGCUGCCAACGAACCCUGUUCCUUUGCAGUUUGCCUGGUCCUCAUUUCAUCGGAAAACACAGUUAACUCCAGCCGCACAUAGACUUUUUCCUCUUUUCCUUUCCCCCUCUCACCCCUCCCUAGACCUCUCUGGGCUUUGACGUCACGUGUGCUCCUUUCGGUUGCCAUAGCAACCCCAUUCCCCAAGCCCUCUGUCCGUCUCCUCUGGUAGGUUCCACAAUGGUACAGGCAGCAUCACGCUGCACAAUGGUUUCCAGGCAGUGAAAGAGGGUGAUUCAGCAAGCCACUCUUCUUCUUCUUUUUUUUUUUUUUAAACCUCCCCUUCUCUUUUUAUUUUUAUGGGGGUGGUUGGUGCUUGUUAUAUGCUUACCUUUUUCCUUUCCUUUUUCAUUUUUACAAUUUUCCUUUUUUCUCCUCACCCCUCCAUUCUUAGGGGCUUGAGUGACUUUAAGAUUGGGUUUUCUUGGAAAUCACCUGUCCAUCAUUAAUUUUAAACAAUUUCCCCACCUCCAAGGGAUCUAUUCCUUAUUACACUUUGGAAUGUGGUUAAUGAAAAACAAGUAGGGAGGAUUUCUGGGGCAAACACUGCUGGAUCAGGAUCGUAGUUCUCAAGCACGGAAUGGCUAGUGUGAGAAACGCCACCAGCAGGACCAUCUCAGACCUUUGUUAUGGCAACUCAGGCAAGAAACUGUUGAAUUAGACCCAUUUCCUGUAGAUGAGAAACCAUACAAGCAGUGGUAUUUAUGAGCCUCCAUUUAUUGUACUACUGCAGUGAACCAACCUUGGAUGUGAAAAUUGCCUUUUGUCAGGGAUUCGAUAAACAAGUGGAUGUGUCAUAUAUUGCCAAACAUUACAACAUGAGCAAAAGCAAAGUUGACAACCAGUUCUACAGUGUGGAAGUGGGAGACUCAACCUUCACAGUUCUCAAGCGCUACCAGAAUCUAAAGCCGAUUGGCUCUGGGGCUCAGGGAAUAGUUUGUGCUGCCUAUGACGCUGUUCUUGACAGAAAUGUGGCCAUUAAGAAGCUCAGCAGACCCUUUCAGAACCAAACUCAUGCCAAGAGAGCUUACCGGGAGCUGGUCCUCAUGAAAUGUGUGAACCAUAAAAACAUUAUUAGUUUAUUAAAUGUCUUCACACCCCAGAAGACGCUGGAGGAGUUUCAAGAUGUUUACUUAGUGAUGGAGCUGAUGGAUGCUAACUUGUGUCAGGUGAUUCAGAUGGAGUUAGACCAUGAGCGAAUGUCUUACCUGCUAUACCAAAUGUUAUGUGGCAUCAAGCACCUUCACUCUGCUGGAAUUAUUCACAGGGAUUUAAAACCAAGUAACAUUGUAGUCAAGUCUGAUUGUACACUGAAAAUCCUGGACUUUGGCCUGGCCAGGACAGCAGGCACAAGCUUCAUGAUGACUCCUUAUGUGGUGACACGUUAUUACAGGGCCCCCGAGGUCAUUCUAGGAAUGGGCUACAAGGAAAAUGUGGAUAUAUGGUCUGUGGGAUGCAUUAUGGGAGAAAUGGUUCGUCACAAAAUCCUCUUUCCAGGAAGGGACUAUAUUGACCAGUGGAACAAGGUAAUUGAGCAGCUGGGAACGCCAUGUCCAGAAUUCAUGAAGAAAUUACAACCCACGGUAAGAAACUAUGUGGAGAAUCGACCCAAGUACGCAGGACUCACCUUCCCCAAGCUCUUCCCAGAUUCCCUCUUCCCAGCGGACUCCGAGCACAAUAAACUCAAAGCCAGCCAAGCCAGGGACCUGUUGUCAAAGAUGCUAGUGAUUGACCCAGCAAAAAGGAUAUCAGUGGAUGACGCCUUACAGCAUCCGUAUAUCAAUGUCUGGUACGACCCUGCUGAAGUGGAGGCGCCUCCGCCUCAGAUAUAUGACAAACAGCUGGAUGAGAGAGAACACACCAUCGAAGAAUGGAAAGAACUCAUCUACAAGGAGGUGAUGCUUUCGGAAGAGAAGACGAAGAACGGUGUCGUGAAAGGCCAGCCCUCUCCCUCAGGUGCAGCAGUGAACAGCAGUGAGAGCCUCCCUCCUUCCUCUUCUGUCAACGACAUCUCCUCCAUGUCCACCGACCAGACCCUGGCAUCCGACACUGACAGCAGCCUGGAAGCCUCGGCGGGACCCCUGGGUUGUUGCAGGUGACUAGCCGCCUGCCUGCGAAACCCAGCGUUCUUCAGGAGAUGAUGUGGUGGAACACACACACAAACACACACACACACACACACACACACACACACACACACACACACACAGACACGCCACGACAAGAAAAUGGCCAGGGAGAGAAUCCAAGCCUAAAAAUUGAAACGAAUCUUUCAGCCUGCUUCUUCUCCAGAGUUCUGUGUUGCAGCUAAGCCAAACGUCUAUUUAACUUCUAGUUGCUCUUUGCUUUGGUCUUCUUCCAAUGAUGCUUUUACUACAGAAGGCAAAUCCAACACAAUUAGAGAAGCCUUUUCCAUAAAGUGUAAUUUUGAUGGCUGCAGAACCAGCGGCCCGUAACUGCCCUUUCAAAUGGCAUGACAAGGUUUGCAGUGGCCUCCUCCAGCAUGUGUGUGUCUCUAUCUUGCAUCUACCUGCUCCUCUUGGCCUAGUCAGAUGGAUGUAGAUACAGAUCCGCAUGUGUCUGUAUUCACACGGCACCACUCACUUAGAGAUGCUGCUGUCAGCGUCCUCAGGGCUCUACCAAGACGUCAGGCACUGGGGUACCACAUGGUCCAUUUCAUGUGAUCUAUUACUCUGACAUAAGCCCAUCUGUAAUAUAUUGCCAGUAUAUAAGCUAUUUAGUUUGUUAAUUGAUUAAGCUGUAUGUCUUAUAAGAAAUCCUGUAAAGGGGGGAUUAUGGGGGGAGUGAGCUCUCUUGGACCCUUGAAGAUGUAGCUUCCAAAUUUGAACUGAUUAAAUGGCACCUGUAUACCAA